GAAAUAAAAUACAACAUCUCCAGAAGCUACACUGCAGAACAUGUAAAACAGGCCUUUACAUGAGAACCAUUUGAACAAUAAUACAAAUCAUUUCAAAAUGGGCUUUACAUAGAUAUGGACAAAAUGGCUAAUAACGUGCAGAAUAAAAAAGUAGAAUAAAAUUAGCAUCAUAAAAAAGACUUUACUAAAGAUACAAAUGAACAAAUAAUAAUAGUAAUAGAAAUAAUAAUGACGAUAAAGUAUUAUUAUUAUUAUUAUUAUUAUUAUUAUUAAAGUUCAGAGAAUAAUCAAAAACUGAUGACAGGCACAGUAAAUUAAUUCAGAUCAGCAGUAAAGAGCCAAAACAGAAGUGUUUGUACACCAGCCUUUCACAUGCGAAUACUUUGUGUCUUUUUAAACAAAUUAAGCUGUAGUUUGCUUUCCCAUUCAAACACAUGUUUCGUCCAGCACUUUACACUUCUGUGCACGUUUCUUGCAGUCAGGAAAUCAGCUGACAACAUGCUGCUAACUCAGUUAUGCAGUCUGCAUUAAAAACAAAUAGUGCAAUCUAGCUCAGUCCAAAACAAUUCCUCAUUAAAGACAGAAAUGCAUUUCGAAAUGAAAUCAUGCAAAAGUCUGUGUUCAUUUAAGUUUGAAUCAGAGCUUUUUAAAAGUUCUUCAACCCGCUGUAGCUACUACUGACUCUCAGUCUCGCUUUUUGCGCGUUGGGUAACGUAGGCGGAGUUUAAAGUCCCUUUGCUUUCCAAAACAAGAAACGUGUGUCGACACAAGUUACUGCCUCCUGGGAGAAGCGACGCGGUCAGCUGCGAUGAUAUCAUAAAGAGCAUUCCGAUUAAAGAGCAUAGCAAGAUCCUUUUAAUCAAACUGGCGACCAGGGGUGGACUGAGAAGAGAAAUCGGCCCGGGAUUUUACAUAGAAACUGGCCCAAAAACUUGUUGAACGGGGUGGGUUGGGGGUUUGUGUCGCUGCCCCCUUCGGCAUAUCGCGGCGCCGUUUUGUGGCCCGUUCUGCAUAACACGAGGGCUCACUUCAGUUUAUCGCGGCCCAUUCGGCCCGUUUCGCGGCCGGCCCGGUUCUCCCGAGGGCCAGUCCGCCCCUGAUCGGCCCCAAAGUGCGUCGGCCCACAGGGGAAAAUGCCCGAUAUUCCAGAUUACCAAUCCAGCCCUGCUGGCGACACAGCAAUGAUGUCACCGAACAAGUUAUAAAUGAGCAGAAAUUUCUGGGUGGUAUUUCUUCUCAUUGUUCACUGUCCACCUGCCGUAGUUGGGACUCAACGCUGGAAGAGCAUGGACGCUUCUGAAGAGUCCAUAAGAAUGACUUCUGGCCCCCAGAGCAAACCUGCUCUACCUAGUCAGGACACACACACACACCUAGAUGAAAGCCCAUCUGCACAAUCAGGCAGUGGUGCAGUUCUGGUGUUGUGUUCUGUGUCUGUGGCCUGCCUGAGCGGGCUGAUGAUGGGCUAUGAGAUGAGUCUGAUAUCUGGAGCUUUGCUUCAGCUCAGGGAAGUUUUGACCCUCUCGUGCCUCCAGCAAGAGCAAGUUGUCGGGUCUCUUCUGCUUGGAGCCUUCCUUCUCUCCCUGGGUGGCGGCACUAUCCUGGACCGUUAUGGACGCCGCUUCUCCAUCAUCCUUACGGCCCUGCUGUGUGUGUUAGGAACACUUCUGAGUGUGUGUGUGGUAUCGUUCUGGGCACUAGUGGCUGGGCGAAUGUUGGUUGGAAUGGCGGUGGCACUAUCGGGCACUGCAUCAUGCCUGUAUGCAGCGGAAGUGGCACCGGCCACCUGGCGUGGGAGGUGCGUGUGCAUGUAUGAGCUGAUGGUAGUACUAGGGAUGCUGUUGGGGUUUGGGUUGAGCUGGGCUUUUGCAGGUGUUCCAGAUGGAUGGAGGUUUACGUUCAGUGGCGUUCUGCUACCUGCACUGCUGCAAGCCGGCAUUAUGCCACUGUUGCCACGGAGUCCACGCUUCUUACUUGCCCAACGGCAUGAGAAAGAGGCUCAUGCUACUCUCCUCCGUCUUCGUGCAGGAAUCAAAGGAACGGAUACCGUGGAGGAGGAACUUCAGGCAAUUCGCCUGGCUCUUGGGGCAGAAUGCCUGCACGGCUUCCUGGACCUCUUCCGUUCCAGGGACAACAUGCUUCACAGACUACUUAUUGGUGCUGCACUGGUUUUUUUGCAGCAGGCAACAGGACAGCCCAAUAUUUUGGCAUACGCAUCAACUGUUCUCAGCAGCGUUGGCUUCCAUGGGAAUGUGGCAGCGACUUUUGCCUCUACAGGGUUUGGGGUGGUUAAAGUGGGAGGGACCAUUCCAGCCGUGUUUCUAGUGGACAAAGUGGGGCCUAAAGUGCUCCUGUGUGUUGGAACUGUUGUCAUGCUGUUGUCAACUGCAACACUGGGGGCUGUUACCAUGCAGAGUCGAACUCAUGUUUCCAGCCUAUGCCAGGUCCCCAUGAUCAAAGCAAACCUCACUUUAUCCGGGAUAGGAGAUGAGACUGAUAUCCAGACAAACACGCUACUUGGCUGGUACCGGCCCACCCCAUCUCACCAUGAACUUCAAACCAGCCACAGAAUAAAUCCUUACCUUAUUAGUAUUAAUGACACUAAGGACCAUUGGAUUUUAAACCACACUAAUGAUCAUAGGACAGCAUUUGUGGACCCUAUGGAACCGGCCAAGGGUUCUGAGAAAGACAGUUUGAAAGUUCAGUCUGUUUCUGUUAAUGAGGUAUCACCCUCCCUGAAAUGGAUUUCACUGGUCAGCCUGCUGGUAUAUGUUGCUGGAUUCUCCAUCAGCUUGGGACCAAUGGUACAUGUGGUUUUGAGUGCCAUCUUCCCGACUGGCAUCCGAGGAGAAGCUGUAUCCGUCAUCUCUGCCUUCAACUGGGCUACAAAUUUGCUCAUAUCGAUGACCUUCCUUACCCUGACAGAGAGGAUCGGUUUGGCCAGCGUGAUCUUCUCCUAUACUGCUAUGAGCUUCGUGUUGGUGGUGUUUGUGAUUGUAUUUCUGCCAGAGACGAAAGGCAGAUCACUGGAACAGAUUUCUAAGGAGCUUGCAAUGAAGAAUCACCUCAGCAGCACGCUGUUGUGUCACAGAAGACAACAGGAGGCUAAAACACAAUCCUCACUGGAGGAAAAAGCCCUUGCAGCUGUUUGACAUUUCACCCAAAUGAAAAGUGGAAGAGCAAGAUGAAAUUUGCAAGCGAUUGUUUUUGUUCAGACAACUGAAAGGACAACUCAUGAACAAAGAAUCUGAGAGAUAACACUGAUUGUUGUUGUCAUGGUGAUAAUAAUUUAACUUAACAAUAUACCUUCUUGUGGCAUGAAAGGUCAGUUAAGAAGAGUUUAUUAAAUCAAUUUGAUUUACCGGUAUUUGUAUUUUUAAAAAGCAUUUUGGUAACACUUUACAAUAAGGUUUCAUUUGUUAAUAUUAGUUAACGUGAACUAACAAUGAACAAUAUUUUUAAAGCAUUUAUUAAUCUUAGUUCAUGUUCAUUUCAACAUAUAACACAUUUUUAAAACCAAAAGUUGUAUAUGUUAACAUUAGUUAAUGCACUAUGAACUAACAAUGAACAAUUUUAUUUUUAUUAACUAACAUUAAUAAAUUAUGUAAAAAAAGAUAUUUUUCAUUGCUAGUUCAUGAUAGCUAAUGCAUUAACUAAUGUUAAUGAAUGGAACAUUAUUGUAAAGAGUUACCUGCAUUUUUAAAACACUGUAGUUUUGGUAUUGACAGGCCUUUGUACACUCACUGUUUUGAGACUCUUUGAAAAUUAUGCAAAUAUGAUAACACGCCAUUACAAAUAUAAGCCAAGUUCUGUGGCACAACCACAUAGUAUUUGUGUGCUGGGCACUGCUGUGGUCAGCCACAAAAGGUGUGUCUACCUGGCGUGAGAUGACUUAAUAGAACUUUGGUUUUCGAUUAUAUAAUAUAAUGUAAUAGUAUAAUACAAAAUCUUUGUUCAUUAAGAAAUCCACAUGAUCUCACUCUGUUAAAACAACGAUGAAUAUGUACUGUAUGUGUAAAAGUAGCAUUAAAGUAAUACUGGAACAUUCCUUCUUUUAAAGAUGCACACACACACAAAAAUAAAUAUAUAGAACAUUUUCACUUAA